AUGGGUGAGCGGGCUGAGGGGGAGGAGAAUAAGCGAAGGAAAAGCAGACCCCGGUGUUCUUGGCCAUUCCAAAUCCUUUGUGUUAGCGUCGCUGGGGUUGUCCAGGUUCCCGGGAUUGCAAAUGUGGUUGCAGAGAAACAAUGGCCAUACAUCAUUGAGGCGGUGAUUGGGUCGCGGUGCCUGAGCAGUAACCCAAUGCGGCAAGACGGUGUACCUCAGGCUCGGGUUUCACAGGGCCUUACAGCCUUAGGCCGGAGUAGGGCUGCACAGCCACUGCGACCCACAUGCGCCACAUUACGAACUAUGCCACUAGUCCUAUCAUAG